AAUACAGUGUGCUGCCAUUUUCUUCGCUUCCUCGCGCGCGCACGCCGCACAGUUGCAUGGCAGCGCGCGCGCGUGUUUCCGCGCUGCCUCCCCCCCUGCCGCGUGUUUCGUGCGUUCCACCGUGCCUCGGGCGAAGUCAUCUGCCGAAGGCACACACCUGGAGGAACCCGCGGCCCCGCUCCUCCAGCGAGGGCCCCACGGUCCUAUGGGGGGGGAACACGGACACGCGACGGAGUCGGGUGUUUUGAGAUGUGAGGCGCAGUCUUCACGAGGCCCCAGGCCCGUUGGCAGCCGCCCGCAUCGCCUGCGACGAGGGCCUGGCCGCCCUGUACAGGGGGGUCUCCGCCCAGUGCUGCGAGGAGGCCCUGGAGAACUUCGUCUUCUUCUACGUGUAUGCCGGCCUGAAGAGGCUCGCGCAGAGGGGCCAGGAUCUGUCUGCGGCCCUGAGCCUGCUGAUCGGCUAUUGCGCGGGCGUGUGCACCACGUCCUGCGUGAUGCCCGUCGAGACCCUGUCCACCAGGCUCCAGCUCUCCAGCUCGGGUGCUACGAGAGGGCCACUGCUGGCAGCACCUGGCCAGCGGGGAGAGCCCGUGGGAGCUGCUGCGCCGCGUCCUCCGCGACGAGGGCCCCGGCGCCCUGUUCAACGGGAUCGGGUACAACAUUCGCGGUGGCGGAUACUCUGCGCGAAUCCAGCAAUCCAGAACACCCUCUUCGAUAGGCUCAAGGGCACCAUCCUGGUACGCAGGGACGCUCGUUCGGCGCCGGGCUCCCGGCGCGCGGCCCUGUCCGCGGUGGAGGCCUCGGCCCUCGGGGCGCUGGCGAAGGCGUUCGCCCUCUUCCUGUGCUACCCGCUGGUGCGCCUGAAAGUCCUGAGGCAGGCGGCCCAGAGGAAGGAACCCAAACACGGCUCAGAUAGCCCGAGCGAGGGUGCUCUGACGCCGAGGCAGUACGCUGGUCUGCUGUAUCGCGGUCUUGGGGCGGCCCUGUCCAAGAACAUUGUCUCCGCCGCGCUCAUGUAUUCGCUGAAGGAGAAGAUCGCCCGUCUGGUGGUGGCUGGACUGCAGAGGCUCUUGCAGCGGCCGGCGCUGCGAUGAGUUGCUAGCAUCCAUCGUGGAGGUGACGUCCGCAUCCGAAUGAUGCAAUGGUCAGGCAUCAUAACUAGUUGAGCGGUAAGUUAGAUGUCCUGCGUCCGCCUGAUGAUCAUCCUCGUUUGCCGAAUUCUUUAUCGUCGCCCCUCCCCCACCCCCCACCACGAGCGGCUUGCGGGAGCCCACCUCUCGCCGCCGAUGAAUGGACAUGCAGUCGUGAUGACGCUUUUCCUUGUGUCCCCCCGCUGGCGCGCGCCCGGGCCGCAGUGGGCACCUCCCCGAGCCUGGGCCAUCCCAGCCCCCAGCAGGCCGCUGGAAAAAA